AGUUGGUUUUGCAGUGUAGAGAGAGAGGGGAGGGAGGGAGAGAGGAAGUAGAAGAGGCCAGGGAGGAAGAGAGAGAGUGAGAGUGAAAGAGUUUCUGGGUUUCGGGCCCUUCUUUUUUGGUUUUUGUGAUCUAACUGAUCUUUCAUUUUUUUUCUAACUCUCUCGGGCCAAGUUUUGGGUUUGCUUUGUGAUCUUACCGUCUGAUUUUGCCAAAAGUUUUGGUUUCCGGUGGAGAGUUCGGAUUUUUCCGGUGAGGGGUCCCGUUGCUCCGGUGAUAUGGGGGGGACUGGUUGACCAUUUGACACUUGGGAAUCACGGUUUUGUCCUCAAAGUCGUCUUUUGAAGUCUUUAUUUACUUGGAACCUUCCUUUUUUCUGUUCUUAGAAAAUUCCUCCUUUCAUUUUUGGCUGAAAGACGACCAACACCUGGUAUUUGGUUGUUCUUGGACUGUACCAUCACGUGGUGAUUGAAAUUUUGGGCUUUUUUCCCUACAAGUUGUGUCUUUUACUGUGGAAUGAAGUAAAUUUACUCGUUCCAAGAUUUCGGCGUCAUAUUCUUUCGUUCAUCAAAGUAUUUCUUCCUUUUUUGGAACAAGGCAGGCAUCACUUCCAAUUAUUUUUGCUCUCAUUUGUCUGUGGCGUCCUCGUCAUUUUUCCCCAAAACUUUCCCAUCGAAGAGCUCUUCAAAAACGUUUUACCUUUCUAGCGAUUCCUGGGUUCGAACUAUGGCUGUCUCUUUCACUCGUUUUUCGUGGCGGUUAUGGUCCGGGAAAGAGAAAGAGCCCGUCUCAAAUGGGUCUUCCCUGAAUUCUUCAUUUGAAUGGGGGUUUGGUCUGAGGGAACCUGAGACCGUAAAGUUUCCUUCUGUGAAGGGGACCAAGAUAACCGCCCCUCAUAGGAAGGUUAAGAGGAAAUGGCAGAGUAGGGAACAGAGAAGAAUUGACAGGGAGUUUGACGCGGAGGUGGUGCCAUCUGAUGGUGUCUGUCUGUCAGGAUCUGAAUCCGAUGACCCAGACUGGUCCAUCGGAUGGUUUGAGCCUCAUGGACCUGGUUUCGAGAGUGAUGAUGGUUUAGCUGUGCUGGUUCCAAGCUAUAAACCGGGUUGCAAGAAGGUAAUGGAGGGCUCAAAUAACCAUCUUUUCAGUGCCAUCAAGAACCUCUCACAUGAGUUUUCUCCUGAGGGCAUGGCAAAGUUGCUUUCUUCUCUUCAGAACUUUGAGAUCUAGAAGUGGAUGAUCAUUUUCAGAAUGCCCCUUUUUACAGUACCAAAACUGUGAAAAAAAUAAAAAAUAAGAGAUCUGUUAGGCUUUACAUCAGCAUACCGAGUAGGAGUGCAGAGGAUUAACGCCCAGUUGAACUUGACUGUAAAUUAUCCAGUUAAGCAAACAGGAGAACCAUGUUGUGCAGACUCAGAAAAAGACGCUUUCCGGCUCAUGUCAUGUUCUGUUGUUCACGCUUCCAUUGGUUAGGGUGCGAGGAGAAGUCCGAAAUAUAAUGGAUUAUUUUACUGUAGAUACAACUUUUGUGAAUAUGAGAGUAUGCCUAUGCUUUAAGCUCACUAUUAAUGUAAAUAAUCCUGGUCCUUUCUUUGUCAAUCAAGGGCCAGACUGUUUAUAUCUCAUUGCUUCCACUUUUUGUA